AUGAGCAACGAAAAAGUUAAUAAACAGUACAUACCGUCGUUCAGAAUUGAGGAUAACAUAUUGAUUGGCGCCGAACAAACUCAUCCGAAAUGCACGAACAUCGGAGAACUGCUCCUGGAUAGACUAAGGAGUAAACCGGAUUUUGUAGGACAAAUAGAAAUUGUUUCGGGAAAACAGAGUACCUACGCGGAAAUGAAAGAACAAAGUAUUAAAUGUGCUCUGUGGUUAAGAAAGCAUGGCAUUCAAAAAGGUGAUAAGGUUGGCAUAUGGACUGGUAAUCACAUUGACACUUACGUACCAGUAUUCGCAAGUUUAUAUGUUGCCGCAGUAAUAUGUCCAUGGGAUGAAAAAGUAUCAAAAACAUCCGCGCGGUACUGUCUAUCGUUAACAUCCCCGAAAUUAAUCUUCGCGGACGCAGAUUCCGUUGAGAAUCUGGUGGAAGCCGCAAAGGAAGAAAAUCUAGAAGUUGAAGUCAUAGUUAUUGGCAGUUUAACAGGAUUCGUGUCUUUGACGGAUAUUCUUCAAGAUCAAGUUAAUCCAUCGGAGAUCAAUGAGUUCCGCUGUACCAUAGUCGAUAACCUACAUGAUAUAGCGAUGAUAUGUGCUUCUUCCGGUACAACGGGUAUGCCAAAAGGAGCUGAACUAUCUUAUGUGUCCCUUUACAACAGUAUUACUACCAUUGAAGAGGUUCACAUAAUCAACGAGGUAGUAUUAUCAAUGCCUACGAUACGAUGGCACUAUGGAUUAAUUCUGAUGUUCGAACUGGUUAUGUCAAACGCGAAAUGGAUCAUUACUUCAGCAGAAGUAGCUUUCAAGGACGAAACCGAAAUAUGUAAAAUUAUUCAGGAUUAUGGGGUAACAUGGCUUGGAGCUGAUAUUUCGUUUCCAUACAUUUUAUUCAAAUAUAAUAUUUUACAAAAAUAUCCUAUGCCAUCUCUGAAAAAGCUCGUCGUUACUGGUGCGCCAUUUCUAAAGAAAAUACAAGAAACUGUCGCAAAAAUGAUGCCACAUACCCAAAUAUUAAAUUGUUAUGGCUUGACUGAUGCCGGAGGAUUGUGUGUAAGUCAAGCAAAAAAUAGUAAGCUAGGUUCUUGUGGCUUUGUGACCAAGGGAAUAAAAAUAAAAGUAGUGGAUGAACAAACUGGCCAAGCUUUAGGACCUAACAAGACUGGUGAACUUUGUAUAAAAUCGGAAUUUAUAAUGAAUGGUUAUCACAAAAAUCCAGAAGAAACUAAAAAUAUCAUCGAUUCAAAUGGUUGGCUGCAUACAAAAGACAUAAUGUACUACGACGAGGAAGGAGAAAUUUAUUUCGUUAGUAGACUUUCGGAUUUUAUUAACUACAGAAGCAUUAAGCUGUCACCCGCGGAAAUAGAAGGUAUUCUUGAAAUUCAUCCUUCAAUUCUCAAUGCCGCAGUGGUUCCAAUACCACAUGAAACGGAUAUAGAACACCCAAUGGCAUUUAUUCAAAAAGUAAUUGGAAAAGAGGUAACAGAGAAAGAAUUGCAUGAUCUAGUAGCUAACAAUUUACCAGACUAUUGUAAGCUUAUAGGAGGAAUCAAAUUUGUGGACAAACUUCCGCGUCUCACUACUGGAAAAAUCGAUAGAAAACAAUUAAAAUUAUUAGCAAAAACUUUUAAUUCCAAGUUUCCGAUAACAAAAAUUAUUGAGGAAUUUAUAAAGAUGUGUGAACGAACGACAGCAAUUGAUAACAGCAAGAAACUCCAUUAUCACGAUGCUGUUCGUGAAUUCAGAAUAGAAGACAAUAUUCUAACAGGAAAAGAAAUACCAAUAAAUAGAGAACCUGUUAAUAUGUCCGAAGUGCUACUUAAAACAUUGAAGAGCAAACCAAACUGCAUCGGCCAGGUGGAUGCACUUUCUGGUGAACAGGACACUUAUGCAGAUAUGAGUGAGCGCAGCAUUAAAUGCGCCCUUUGGCUACAGAAGCAAGGCGUUAAGCCCGGCGAUAUAAUUGGUCUUUGCUGUGAUAAUGACAUGAACGCAAUCAUAAUUAUGUUGGGCACUAUGUACACAGGUGCUAUAUCUAAUCCUUGGGACAACGACUUGUCUCCAAUGACAGCACGAUAUUUUCUUUCGUUAACAUCACCAAAAAUAGUUUUUGCGAUGCCGUCAUUGGUUCCGAUUUUAGAAGAAGCAGCAAAAAAGUUGCAAAUAAAUAUGAAAAUAGUAGUUUCUCAUAAAUUAAAUGGAUAUACAUCCGUGGAGGAUAUCUUGAGUGGUCACGAUAUUAACGAGAUCAUAGAAUUUAAAUGUGCCAAGAUCAGCAGCCCCGACGAUGUUGCUCUCAUCUCUCUCUCAUCGGGUACUACGGGCAUGCCGAAAGGUACCGAGAUAUCGCAUUCAUCUUUAUAUAAUUGCUUACUUCCCGAAAAAGUCACGGAAUUAGAAGGUCAUACUUGUCUGUGGACACACACAUUGCGUUGGCACUACGGGGUCCAGUUGGCAUUUCAUGCCAUCUUAGCGUAUUCAACAAAAAUUCUUGCACCCUGUAGCAUAAUACUUAAUGACGACGAUGAAGCAAUAUGCCGGUUUAUCGAAAAAUAUCGAGUAACAUGGUUUUCCACCGAACCAGGCAUGCUAAUUCGAUUUUAUAAGAGCGAUUUAUUGAAGAAAUAUAAAUUGCUGACUUUAAAAGAAAUAAUGAGUACUGGUGCUAAUUUAGGAAAGGAGCAUUGUCUAGCUUUGGCAAAGAAAUUACCUCAUGUUUUCAUUGCGACCGGUUAUGGAUCUACGGACUCAGCAGCUGAUGUAACCGUUAUGAUUAAAGGUUGCAAACCAGGAUCUAUUGGUUUUGUCGCACCUAACGUUCGAAUAAAAGUGACAGAUGUAGAAACUGGGAAAACUUUGGGAGCUAAUCAAAAUGGAGAACUACGUUUGAAACUGCCUUGCAUAAUGAAUGGUUAUUAUAAGAGACCUGAAGAGACUAAACGAGCUUUCGAUUCUGACGGUUGGUUACUUAGUGGCGAUAUAGGAUAUUACGAUAAUGACGGAAAUGUUUUCCUCAUCGAUAGAAUAUCUGAAUUUAUCCUCUUCCAUGGUAUUAAUAUUUCUACCGCAGAAAUCGAGAACGUUUUGAAGACACAUCCCGCGGUAUCUCAAGUAGCAGUAAUAGGAAUACCACACGAAAUUGCGGGUCAGCAUCCAAAAGCUGUCGUUUCUCGAAUGCCGCAUAAAACGGUAACGGAAGAGGAGCUCCAUGACUUAGUAGCGAAGAACCUACCGGAAUAUUGUGAGCUUCGCGGUGGAGUUAAGUUUCUCGACAAACUCCCACGCACAGCUACAGGCAAAAUCGCGAAGAAGCAACUGCGAGAUAUGAUUGUGAAUUAAAAUACU